AUGCACUUCGCACUCCCCUCCCUCCUCAUGGUGCUCAUCACCCUCACCUCGGCCUUUGCGCGUGUCACCAACAUCACCUUCCCCGCGGGCGCCGUGGUCGGCACGACCAUCCAGCUUAACAUCCAUGAAUCGGGGUACAUUCAGAACUGGGAUGACCUCGGUAUCCUCGUCGGCUUUGGCUCGCCUGACCAGCUCAAGAACUACAAGGCCUGCGUCGGAGCUACCGGUCAGUACUAUACGAACCUCUAUCACAAUUCCACUCUCCUAGGCAACAAUACCGCUCGUCCCUCCAACUUUGAUCUGGUCGUUCCCGUCCCGUCCGGACUCAACACCAGUAUCCUCUGGCGCAUCACCGCGGCGGUCCCUUAUGUUGUAGGCGCUUCCGGCUUGACCUCUGUCCAGUACUUCAACCGCACUAUCCGGAUCUACCGCGCACCCACCGGAGUCGCACCCUCUCCGGCAGCCAAUUCCGGCUGA